CAUUGCAGGCGACUCAAUCUCUAAAAACUUAGUCAAUCACAAAUUACGUGUUUCUUAUACUUAUAUAGCUGCACCUUCCAUUCCCUUUUCUCUAACUUAGGGAACUAACUCAACGGUUGAAGCAGCAUGGGGAAGGCAAGCAAAUGGAUUAGAAAUUUAUUCAUGGGUAAAAGGGAAGACAAGCCCAAGGCUUCAUUUCCACCUGAGACCACCUCCACAUCAACGUCAUUGGCCAUAAUGGUGGCCACCACCCCUAAAGUGAGAAGGAGAUGGAGUUUCAAAAGACCGCCCUGCGCCAAACCCAUCACUCACAAAACCAGCAAGUCGUUCGACUCAAUCUACAUGCCCAACCAACUAGUGGACUGCGAGUCUCACCAGCCGUUAAAUGCAAAUGCAAAUGCAGCUGCCACCAGAAUACAAGCUGCCUAUCGUUCUUAUUUGGCGAGGAGAGCACUGUGGGCGCUGAGAGGGCUGGUGAAGUUACAAGCCUUGGCAAGGGGUUACUUGGUGAGGAAACAAAUGAAUACCGUACUAAGGUCCAUCCACGCUGUGAUGGCGAUUCAAGUUAGAGCCCGGAUUCAAAGGAUCCAAAUGGGGGAGGAACCACCUGUCGUCGUGGGAAGGAGAAGGUCUUACACAGGACCAUCAUCCGCAUCUGAUAGACAGCUUGGAAAGGAAAUUAGUGGGAAUACAUGUGAUGGGAACAUUCUAGCAACAAGCAGAUGUUUAAGAAGCAGAAGCGGGCGUGUGUAUCAAGUACCUGGUGAGAGAGUUGAGUAUGGGUCGAGAAUAUAUAGCUCUGGUCGCCAUUCAGUCUCUCAAAGAGAAUAUCAGCUGAAAACGAGUCCCAGUCCAUCAACACUGUCCUUCACAGAUUCAAGCUCCACAACCUGUGAUGGCCAACUAGAGGAAUUUUCACUAAAAAUGGCAAGAAGAAAUUCAAGACGAUACUCUGCUAGCCCAGAAAAUAAGAAUACAUUCAUACCAUCUUCACAGAGCCAAGAUCAUAUGCCCUCUAACUCCACUUUGUUUCCAAACUACAUGACCAAUACAAAAUCAUCACAAGCCAAGGCUAGAUCACAUAGUGAACCAAGGCAGCGCCCUAAGCAGAAAGGCAGGAGAUCAUCAUCCAUGGACGCGAAAAAUGAUAAACAAAAUGAGUACCCUUGGCUUAGCAAGCUGUAUCGUUCUGACAAAUCCACUGAUGAAGGAGACUGUGAUUCCACUACAGAUGCAAUGGCUGUUCUCUCCAAACAUAUGAUGUCGUUAGUCCAAUUUGAAGGGCCUCCCAUGAAUUUGUAUUGAUGCUUCAGCUUAGUGGUCAAGAGUGCGAUUCUAGAAAUCAAAAUGAGAGAUUAGCAGAAAGUCAGUCGCAAGCAUGGAGAUCAUGAACUACGUCCAGAUUGUGGCCCCUGCCUAUUCCAUUAUGCAGAUCCUAUGCUUUUUUCAAUUCUUUAGCUUCUUUUUGGACUAGAAGUAGAUGGUCUGAUAAUUUCCAUUAGCCACUAAGACUAGAAAUAAUUCAUUUAUGACAUGAUUAUUGAAGUAUAACAGAAGAUAAACAUAUGUUCGGAUUUGUACGUAGGGGCAGCCUGAACUUUCAGAGUA